CUCAUGCUCUUUGUACAGCCGGCCUGUACCGUAUAUUUUGCCGAGCAAAGGCUGCUACAAAACUCCACUGCAUAAUCAAAGCCUCCAAACGAUCAUUUCAGCGAUAGAAGUCUGAGCUUGGCUCAUCCUCAGACUCAACCUCUUCUUUUCGCUUCUAGGAUUCUGGAGCCCCAACUGUUUGAUACAAGUCCAUGGCUACUGGAUGUUGCGUUGCUACUGCUCAAAUCCACUGUGCACUCCCCAGUUCUUGUAUCGGCUUGCCCUCGUACACUUCCUGGUCUCCGGGUCAUAAACAUAGCCAUGCCAAUUCUUUCAAGGAGCUAAUGCCCAGCGGAGGGAGUGGAAUCAGGUGCCAAUCGACUAGAACAGAUGAGAGGAAAUCAAGGAUGAAUUUUUUAGAUAAUGCAAGCAAUCUCCUCACAAAUUUGUUGAGUGGGAGUAAAAUUGGAUCCAUGCCAAUUGCUGAAGGUGCCGUCUCUGAUCUUUUUGGUCAACCGCUUUUCUUCUCAUUGUACGAUUGGUUCUUAGAGUAUGGCUCGGUGUACAAACUUGCUUUUGGGCCAAAAGCAUUUGUUGUUGUAUCGGACCCCAUUGUGGCUAGGCAUAUUCUUCGUGAAAAUGCAUUCUCAUAUGACAAGGGAGUUCUCGCUGAAAUUUUGGAACCUAUAAUGGGAAAAGGACUAAUACCUGCCGACCUUGAUACUUGGAAACAAAGGAGAAGAGUCAUUGCCCCUGGAUUCCACACUUCAUACUUGGAAGCUAUGACGAAAGUAUUCACCGAUUGUUCUGAAAGAACAAUGUUGAAAUUUGAAAAGCUUAUAGAAGCAGAAGAAGACUCAAAGGGUGAAAAAACAAUGGAAUUGGAUCUUGAGUCAGAAUUUUCAAAUUUGGCAUUGGAUAUUAUUGGGCUUGGUGUUUUCAAUUAUGAUUUUGGUUCUGUCUCUAAAGAAUCUCCGGUAAUCAAGGUAUGGGUGAUGCAUGCUCAAACAUAGAAGGGGUAAAUUAGACUUUUAAAACAAAAUAUUAACCUAGUUAAAACCCUUUAGACGUAAGUUAAAGGCUACCAAAAGCUCAAACCGAAGCCAGCUUUUGAAAAUAGUCCGUUGCACCUCUGCGAUGGCUCCUUCUCCAAGAAUGACCAUCAUCUAUUUGUGCUGCUCUGCGAAGACUUCUCCUCCAAGAACGAUACAUGCUGCCCUCCUCUGCCUUCAGUAGUAUGACUAGUAUCUUCUUCUCCAACAGCUUUGCUGCAGACCUGCAGUCUUCUUUUCUUCUUCUUCUUCUCGUAUGGAGUCUAGUCAGUCUACUGUCUUGUUUAAGCCCACAGGAGAACAUCUUGACCCAGCUUGGAAGGCUUAAACUCUUACAUUAGAACCUUGUUUUUGACUUAAUGUUUUGAUUCAAGAUGUUUUAAUUAUUAAUAGCAAAUUAUGUUUUGUUCAUGAAAGUAUGAAACUAAAGAGUAUUUCUAUGUAAUUUAGGUGGGUGAACCAUCUAGUUUCAAUAGUCUCUUUGCAGACCUUAGGUGUACCUUAGCAUAGCUAAAACAUAUGCUUCCAGUAAGGCAAAGAGUAUUUUUUUCAUAUGUAUGUAUUACAUAUGCUUCUAGUAG